AUGAGUGAUGAAGAACAUGGCUGCACUCUCGAAUCGAUCUACCACCACCGGGCACCUCACGAUUUGGAGCACUUCCACACGAUAAAGCCCUCCGUGCACCACACGGUGCUGUACGAGCUGCCGUACCAGCCCAACGGAGACAGCCCGCCAACACCGUAUAGUUUGAGUGCCGCGUGUGAGCCUUUUACCAAUUCCGUCCGCCUGGCGCCCAACGUUCGCUGCGUAAUGCGCAACCCGGACGGCAUGCAAACCGUCGAGAACCGAUGGACGAUCGUAUGCCGGUCGCUGGCCAAACCAAUCGCCAACUCGCGCCAGCUCGAAGCGGCCAUCGGGAAGUACAACUCAGACUACCGGACCCGGUACCAGUUCACCGCCCUGCACCGGCUGUUCGAGGAACAGUGCGACGACGCGGAACGGGCCGCCUUCUUCGGUGAAACGCUGCCACGAAUUAUCGCGCUCGCCCUCCGCCUGACCGAGCUGAUCCGCGUGCCGAUUCCGCUGCUGCUGCAGCGCCAGAACCGUGCCGUCUCGAUGACGCAACAGCAGGCCGCCUGCCUGCUGGCGAACGCGUUCCUGUGCACCUUCCCGCAGCCACGGGCGUUCCUGGCGAAGAGCUACCCAAGCGUCAACUUCGCGCAACUAUUCGCCGGCACCAGCCAGGCGGUGAUUGAGAAGCUCAAGUGUCUGUGCCACUACUUCCGGCGCGUCUGCACACGCAUGCCGACCGGCGUGCUGACGUACCUACGGCGAUGCGUGCCAAAGCAGGACAUCCCGGACUGGAACACGUCGCCGGUCUGCUUCACGCGCCAUUGCAUCCCGAUGCGCGUCACGGUGGACGGUACGAUCGAGGACCAGGGCGUCGGGCUGCUGCAGAUGGUGUUUGCGAACCGCUUCAUUGGCGGUGGUGUGCUCGGCAGCGGGUGCGUGCAGGAGGAGAUCCGGUUCGUCAUCAACCCGGAGCUGCUUGUCGGCCGGUUGCUGUUCGAGUCGCUGCGCGAUAACGAGGCGUACCUGGUACUGGGAGCCGAGCAGUACUGCACCUACGCUAACUACGCGUCCAGCUUCACCUUCCACGCGGACCAUCAGGACGAAAUGCCGCGGGAUGCGAGUGGCCGCCGGCGGUGUUAUAUCGUCGGGAUCGACGCGCUGCGUGUGCAACCGGAUGUGAACCAGUUCAGCGAGGAGGCCAUGAAGCGUGAGCUCGCCAAGGCGUACGUUGGCUUCCGGCAUGAGCUGAUUGAUUGCCCUGCGCCCGGUAUCGCCACCGGUAACUGGGGUUGCGGUGCGUUUGGGGGCGAUACGCAGCUUAAGGCGCUGCUGCAGCUGAUGGCGGCCUGCGUGGCUGGACGGCCGCUGCUCUACUUCACCUGCAACGAUGGGGCUUUGCAUGAGCAGCUGGUUAGCAUGUACAAGUUCCUUGUCACACGCCGCAUCAGCGUUCGGAGCCUGUUCCAGGUGCUGAUGAGCUACGCGGAAAAUAACCUGCACGGCAAAGCGGAUCUGUACGGUUACGUUUAUCAACAUCUCUGGUUUUCUGUGGUGGGCGGUGCGCCGAACUUUUAUCAAUUAUCGGAUGUCGCCAAAUAA